ACUCCAAAAACACUGCCCAUUUCAAUUCAUCACCACAUCUUCAAAUUCCUUUCCCAUUCUUAAAGCUUCUGCUACUCAUUUCAUUAUGCCUCUCUCUUCUCUCUCUUCGGUUUCUGUUUUCGUAAUAACUUUGCUUCUCAUGCAAAGGGUCUCGGAGAGUGCCACGUGUAAUGACUGUUUCACUCGUUCUCGAGCUGCCCAUUACCCUAAUUCAGAAGAACAAGGAACGGACCAUGGAGCGUGUGGGUAUGGAACCUUUGGAGCAACGAUCAACGGUGGAGAUGUUGCAACUGCAUCUGAACUUUACAGAGAUGGCCUCGGUUGUGGAGCUUGCUACCAGAUAAGGUGCGUAGACAGUGAGUUGUGCUCGGAGGAAGGAGCCAUGGUGGUGAUAACCGAUCAAGGGUCAGGCCCAGGCGACUUUAUAAUGACCCGAAGAGCCUACGCUCGCUUGGCUCAAACCGCUGAUGCUGCUGCUUCUUUGUUAGCCCUCGGUGUUAUUGACAUUGAAUACAAAAGAGUAGCUUGUAGCUAUCCGUACAAAAACAUAACAAUUAAGAUUGAUGAGGCGAGCGAUGCUCCUCAUUACUUGGCCUUUGUCAUAAGGUUUCAACAAGGCAAAAAUGAUAUCACUGCCGUUCAGCUUUGCGAGACGAAGAACUUCGUGUGCAAGCUACUAGAUCGGAGCUACGGUACCGUGUGGACGACGGCGUCGCCGCCGAGGGGACCGUUGUCGUUGCGAAUGUUGCUAACGAACGAGGACGGAGACGAGCAGUGGAUCGUCCCCAUUAACGAUAUUCCUCGUGAUUGGAAGGCUGGAGAUAUCUAUGAUACUGGAGUUCAAGUUAAUUAAAUUCAUCGUCUAAAUNUUU